AUGGAUAUCGCUGAGCCCUCACGUAAGGGCGCUGCACAUCCCACAACCUCUAAGCCAGCCCGAGGAGUGAGUUUGAGCAUAAAUCAAGCCCCAAAUGCCAUUCGACAGCUCAUCCACCGGUGGCUUACUGAUAAAGAGGCCGACAAGAUCUUGUCGAGAUUCCAGGAAGCCUGUAUCCCCAAUCAUCAGCUAUUUUGGAGCGGCAUGCAUCGUCAAGAAGCCCAGAAAUGGGCUGAUUCUCAUGGUCUACAAACAUUGACAACUGCACUUGGUCCACUGUUGUAUCAUGGUGACCCGAGUCCCCAGACUCAAGCCCCUCCGAGAUUCAUUCAUGGCGCCUCUAUCAUUUUCGCAUGGUUUGUCUCUCAAGGCGAUCUAGUGACUCCUAUUAUCAAGGGCAAGUUGGGGAACAGGCCUGUGAGAAUGAUUCACACAGCUCACCCGGCCGUCGAGGCAGCCGUCCACUUCAUAUAUCAAAUAUGGCCAUGCGAUAUCUCAUGGUUUUGGACAAAGAUAUUUGGAAUCCCAGAUAUCGAGUUCGAGUGGCGCAAAACCAAGAUACCCAAGUCUAUUGCACGGGUAGAAUUUACUACGACGAGAAGCACAACUCCUAUAGUGACUUCUCAACAGCUAAGGCCAAACUUGAGCUCAGCAUCAUUAUCGACUUCAAAAAGAGCAGAAACUCAGAGCCCUGCCAAUAAGUCAGUGGCUGAUACAAAGAACAAGAUAACAAAAGGCGGACAACAGAAGACAAAGAAAAACAAGAAGAAGAAAGUGUCAAGUACGGUAGCUGACCAAGGGAAGAACCCAAUUACUAAGAAAUCACUAAAAUCUGGCACUUCUAGCAACAAACAGCAAUUGGUCAAAACGGCGGUGAUAAGUAAGAAACAAAACGUGGAGACCAACAUCAAAAAGAAGGCAGAGAAGAGGAAGAAGAAGAAGAAGAAGAAGAAGAAGAAGAAGAAGAAGAAGAAGAAGAAGAAGAAGAAGAAGAAGAAGAAGAAGAAGAAGAAGAAGAAGAAGGAGCAGAAACUGUCUAUAAAACACGCUCAAGCUCAACCUAACGCAAAGCAGGGCCAGAAGAAGCUCGCGACAACAGCAAAAACCAAGGGUAGUAAAACGGGAGCAAAGGCGAAGGCGACAACUAAGUCUGUAAUAAAGAACGGCAAGUGA